UUGAGUACUCUACAAGAAGCACGAAAAUUGCAUGCACUGUACAGCUUGUAUUGACCCAUUUCAAUAAGUUGUAAGAGCUACUGGCGAAAUUAUUUGUUAAAACACAUUAAAUAUGCAUUAAAUUGCUCAAAUGUCGGUUUGAAGAGGAUGGGUUUUCUCUGUAAAUCAAAACUAGUAAUCCUCGAAAUAAUAAUAUAAAAUACGGGAGAAAAACGAGAAACCUAGAGAAAUCUAGUAAUACUGCAACCUGCAUCUGAGAAGCAAGUCCUCAUAUUUAUAAAUUAUUAUUUCUAAAGUUUUCAUAUUCCACUUUUAUGACUCUAAAACUUCAUAUCCCGGCCUUAAAUUUCCUAAAAUAGUUUGAGUAAACAACAAACAAUGGGGUCCAAGGCCCUUCCACUGGCCCUUAAUCGGCCCAGUGAGGAGAAGAUGAAGAUGUUGGAAGCCAGACCAUAUCAGCUGGAACUUCUUGAGUUGGCGAAGAAAAAGAAUAUUAUUGUGUAUCUUGGAACCGGUUCAGGGAAAACAUUCAUUGCGGUCAUGCUGAUCCAGCAUCUGCGAGGUGAGCUGGGUAAACUGGAGAAGGGAAGGAUCCAAGGAGGAAAGAAGGCAAUAUUUCUUGUCAGCUCAGUUGCUCUGGUAGAGCAGCAGGCCAGGGAAAUCAGGAAUACGACAGGGUUGCAGGUUGGUACCUACUGUGGAUCUGAUGGAGUUGAUGACUGGGAGGAAUCUAAAUGGAUGGACGAAUUCUCAAAGUAUCAGGUGCUGGUGUUUGUCCACGAGGUUUUCAGAUCAGUUCUUAGUUGCAAAUUCCUACAGUUCCGAGACCUGGCCCUGCUAGUGCUUGACGAGUGUCACCAUGCAGUGAAAAACCAUCCCUACAGUGUCAUCAUGAACAUGUAUAACGAGAAAAAGUCUGAAGGAAGUCCGGUCCCAAAGGUGUUGGGAUUAACAGCAUGCGUUGUCGUGGAGACGUGUAAUGUGGAACAAUUCAGAAAGCAGAAAUUUCGUCUUGAGGAAAAGAUGGACUGCAAGGUGGCGACGACAGAAGAUUUGAAGAGUAUUCUGCAGUUUGUUACAGCUCCUGAGGAAUCUUUUGAAUUCUAUUCCCUUGGAGUGCAAAGAGCUGAGAUGAAUAAAAUACAGGAGCUAUAUACAGCAGUUUUAGCAAAAUUAGAAGAAAUAAAGAACGAGGAGGACGAUAAAUUGAAGAAGGAGAGGUCGUUUCGCCAGAGAGAUAUUGCUUUGAAAGACCUAAAAAAGGAUUUUAAGAAACUGAAAAACGAUGUGGUUGUGAACAAUCAGACGAUCAUUGAGAGUUUAGGAGUUUAUCCCAUGAUGACCAAACUUGAACAUAUCAUCGAGAAUGUUAAAAAAGAAUCCAGGAAGGAGACAAACCUCUACUAUUCGGACUCAGCUAGAGUACAGUUGUAUACAACUACAAUUCAAUACUUAGUGGAGCUCAAGAAAAUAUGUUACAAAAUGGAGAAAGAUGAAUCUACAUCGUCCAAACUUGAAAAGAUUGGAAGCUUUGCAUCAACAAAGUUUCUGAAACUUUUGGAAAUAAUUCUUCAGGAGAAGAAGUCUGAUGGAUUUAAAAGUUUACGCGGCAUCAUUUUUGUUGAGAGACAAUCUUUGGCGGUCUACAUGGCAGGCAUGCUCCAGGAGGUUAUUCAGGAGGAGCCUGAGUUUUCAGAGUUGAAUGUCGACUACGUCCACGCAGUAACCACUGGACUGAAUGUGAAGAACUAUCAGGAUCGGAAACAAAUAUCUUCAGAAAGCCGAAGACUUGAACAAGUGCUGGGUAAGUUCCGCAAGGGAGAACUGAACCUUCUGAUCUCCACCAGUGUUGUCGAGGAAGGACUUGAUGUGCAGAAAUGUAACCUUGUCAUCAAAUACGACUUCCCUCUCACAUUCAGGAGCUACGUUCAGAGUAAAGGAAGAGCCCGGCUGAGACCAAGUAAAUAUAUAAUGAUGACGGAAACAAACAGUGGGAAGCACGUGCAAAAACACAGAGAAUUCCAAGAGGUUGAACGGAUUUCCCUGGAAGAGUGCCAUAGUAUGCCAGAAACAAUGGAGCUUGAGGAAGAUGAAACUGAGAGUUACACAGUACCCUUCGACCCCAACCAGCCGGAGAAAAGUGGUACAGUCACGGGAAGCCAGGCAAUUGCACUAGUGUACCAGUAUAUCUCUAAGAUACCAGUUGACCGAUUUACUCGCCUUGUACCUGCCUGGAGAACUGUAGAGGUCCAGGGGUCAAACCAGGAUAAGUUGCUACGAGGAUUGAUGCUAAAUACUCCCACUUCAGGAUAUAGAACUAUCUGUUAUAUGCCACAUAAGACACCAUUCGUCGAUCCUAUCGAAGGCCACAUUCGACCUUCAAAAGAGCGCGCUAAAAGAUCAUGUGCAUUGGAAGUUGUCAGAAUGCUGUAUGAGUGUGGAGAGCUGACGAUUCGAUUGAAACCACGGAAGCGUGAGCGUGUCCUGGACGAGGAAGACGAGGACAAUGAGGACGAGAGAGGACGGAAGGAGGGGACACGAAGGCGACGGCAUUUUUACGCACAGAGGUUGCCACGACCUUUAAACCUGGCCUUCACCAAACAGGGGUUCCUUUAUCAGGUUAGAAUGAAGCUGAUCGAAGAGUUGGAGAAUCAGAGAUAUUUACCUUACUUUCCCCAACAGGAUACUUUAUCUCUAGGUAUCCUGGUACAGGAAAGAAUCCCGGGGUUUGGUCCUCUUAACCUUUACGGAUCCUCAGGAACUCUUAGGGUCGACGUCAGUUUUCUGAAGAAAGUGGAAAUAUCUGAGGAUGAAUUAUUGACCGCAAGGGACUUUCAUAACUACGCAUUUUCAGAGGUUCUAAAGAUUGAGAGGAUUGAACCAACCUGGAACUCGUAUCUCCUGGUUCCCCUGGAGAACGGAGAACUGAACCUAGAUUUGUACACGGAUAGAUCAGACCAGAAGAUUCAGUCAAACUCUGUUGUUUCUCCCAAGUACAAGAAGGAGGCAGAGCACUAUUUCGUGGAGGACUUUAUCAGAAAUAAGAACCCUGGAUCUAUAAUGGAUGAGAAGAAAAGUCCGUGCACCUAUAUUCAGUAUUUUAAAGAGAAGUACAGUCUGGAUAUACAGGAUAAGACCCAGCCCCUGCUGAGGAUCUCUAGUGCGGACAAGAAGCUGUUCAUGUUCAAACCUGGAGGGGAGGCAAUCAAGGAUAAAGAUUCAGAGGAUCUGAGUAAGAGAACCCUGCUGGUCCCGGAACUGCUUGACAUUGCCUGGAUAAACAGAGGACUUUGGAAACAGAUUCAAGUUGUUCCAUUCGUUUUACAGAGAAUGAGUUCAUUACUUCAUGCCACACAGUUAAGCUCCAACUUGACCGGGAUUCAGUAUACUGAGGACCAAAAACUUAGUCUAGAGCUAACUUCAGACCAAGAUACAGGGAGUAGGAAGCUACUGGAACAGCUGAUGAAGUUUGACCCGCGUAUGCCCCUGAAGAAUGUGAACCUAGUGGAGGCUCUAACCUUGAUCAAUGCUGAUGAUAUGGUAAACAUGGAGAGAAUGGAGGUACUCGGGGACGUGUUUUUAAAGUUCAGGACUAGUAUGUUUGUGUACUACAGUAUACUGGAAGAUGAAACUAAAAACAAGACGAAUGUAAAUGAAGGAGAGCUCACACUGCUUAGAUCAAAGGUAGUUGGGAAUAAGAACCUAUUCCGAGUAGCCAGCAGGCUGAACCUAUCCAACGGACCGGUCAACGCGAUCAAGAUUGAAAGCCACAGUUCCUUCCUGCCCCCAGGAUACUCUAGUUCAAUAGAGCAACGUCUGGUAGAACUUGACGACAAGUUUCCCAGUUUGAUUACUGAUGAGAGGAGACGGUCAACCUUGUCUGUUGGUUCCCUUCUUAACUAUAUUCAGUACUCUGAGCUGGCCCUGUCAGACGAUGCGCUUCUUAACCUGGCCAAACAACGGUUCUUAAAAGGAGAAGCAACAGGGGGUGUUAAAACCAGAGAAAAUGUUUUGAUCUCCGACAAAUCUUUGGCUGAUGUUGUGGAAGCUUUGAUUGGAUGCUACCUCAUUAAUACAGGAACUAAAAACACUCUUCAGGUGAUGGCUAGAAUGGGACUGGACUUGACUCCAGAGAAUAAUGUUUCAGACUUGCUUGAAGGAAAGAUGAACGUUAGAAAGAACCUGGUUGAGUUUAAAGGAGAAGAAAAUGCAUUUGCUAAUCUGAGGAUGAAGCAAAGCUCAGCACAGGCUCUAUAUAAUAGGCUUUGUGUGUCAGAGAUAGAGGAGAAGAUUGGAUACAGGUUCAAGGAGAAAUCAUUUAUUCUCCAGGCAUUUACGCACAGCAGUUACAGUGACAACAAUCUAACCGACAGCUAUGAGAGGUUGGAGUAUCUAGGAGAUUCAGUUCUGGACUACCUAGUAUCCUGCUACAUAUAUACUAAAACUGAUGCGGAUCCUGGGAGGCUAACAGAUAUUAGGUCUGCUCUUGUCUGUAACAAUAUGUUUGCUGGACUACUCGUGGAUAAAGGACUACAUGGCAAUAUCCUUUACGAAGCUCCCAUAGUUCGGAAUAAAAUCGUGGAGUAUGUUGAGUUCAGAAACGAGGACCGCUCUAUCCCCUACAUCCUGGCCUCCAGGGAGAAGCUGCUGGAGAACCUCAAGAGGAUCAAUGAGUCCGAACCUCCCUCGCUCAAAGAGGUUGAAGUCCCUAAGGUUCUAGGGGACGUUUUUGAAGCUUUGAUUGGAGCAGUUUUCGUAGACUCUGGUCAUGACCUUGAGGUCACCUGGAAAGUGUAUAACAGGUUCAACCCUCAGUUGGAUUUAAUCAUACAGGAUCCUCCUAAGAAUCCUAAGAAGGUUCUUUUUGAGAUGUGUCCAGGAGUAAAGUUUGGAAAAGCGGAGCUGAAGGAGAAUCAUGUGAAUAUUACCGCUACUAUCUCCUGCAACGGGAAGGAUUUGAAGUUUAUCGGGCGAGGGAAUAAUAAGCGGAUGGCCGAGAUUGCUGCGUCUAAGUGUGCACUUAGUAAUAGCAAAAUUUCCCGAGGUAUGAAGACGCAUGAGAAACAGAAAACCCUAAACAGGGGAAUCAAAAGAAAACUUAAGGAGUUGUAAGAUUAAGAAAUCUAUAUCAGAAUAAUUUCCUGGAUGGCUAAUAAAGAUGAAAUAUUUUUGUAA